UAUUGUAAAGAUGAUACCUAAAGAGUACCAGGAAUAUCUCAAGUAUGGAAUGUAUGGCGGAGCAGGGUUGGCUCUCGCAGUUGAGUUUCAAAACCUUAAACUAGCUUACAAUACCAUUGGAAGGGAUAUAGAGUAUGGAUACAGAAUUGGAAACGGAUUGAGACACAUGCUGAACUUCCAAAAAAACAACAUGACAAUUCAUCAGCUGUUUUACAACACGUGCAGGAACCAUCCACAGAAGGUAAUGAUAUAUUUCGAAGAGGAGGAGUGGACGUUCCAGGAUAUAGAAGAUUAUUCAAACAGGGUUGGGAACUAUUUCCUGGAGCAGGGUUGGAGACGAGGAGAUGUGGUUGCUCUCUUCAUGGAGAAUAAACCUGAAUAUGUUGGAAUACUUCUAGGUUUAUCUAAGAUUGGAGUGACUGCAGCUCUGAUAAAUACUAAUCUAACAAUGAGUUCUUUGAUUCAUUGUGUUACGGUUGGGAAUUGUUCCGGGAUCAUCUUUGAUUAUCAGCUCUCGGAGCAGGUUCAGGACGUAGAACUAGAGCUCAGACGAAAAUCUGGCCGAUUUGAGUUGUAUCAGCUAGACAAACCAGACCUGUUUUCUCUCUCCCCACUAGAAAUUAGUCUUAAGGGUUCUAUCCUACUGGAGAAGGAGUUGAAUAGGAUGAAAUCUACUCCUGUUCCUAAAUCUGUGAGAAAACAGAUUCAGACCUCAGACAGCCUCUGCUAUAUCUACACAUCAGGUACAACUGGACUGCCUAAAGCUGCGUAUCAAGACCACUCCAGGUUUUACAUGGGGAGUAACAUGGCAACCUUUGGGUGUGGAGUUCAAACUGAUGAUAGAGUUUAUAGUGCCUUGCCAAUGUACCACUCCUCCUCUAUGUGGAUGGCUGUUGGAGCUGCGAUCAAUGUUGGAUGUUCUGUUAUAGUUCGGAAGAAGUUCUCAGCUUCCAACUAUUGGGAGGAUUGUGCCAGGUACAAGGCAACCUGUGCUCAAUAUAUCGGAGAGAUUUGUAGAUUCCUUCUGCAAAGUAAACCCAACCCGGCAGAGAAACAGCAUAGUCUCAGAAUGAUGUACGGAGUAGGAUUAAGACCUGAGAUAUGGAAGGAGUUUGUGACAAGGUUUAAUAUCCCAAGUAUUCGAGAGUUCUAUGGAUCAACAGAAGGAACCUAUGGAACCAUUAAUAUCAGGAGCAAAGAAGGAGCUUGUGGUUUUAUUCCUCAGUUCUUGAACUACAAUCCAUUCGCUCUUAUCAGGGUAGACGAAGAUACUGAUGAAGUUCUCAGAGAUAAAUCUGGUCUUUGUAUCACCUGUAAACCUGGAGAACCCGGAGAAAUGGUUGGAUUGGUCCGAACCUCAGACAGAGGAGGUCCUGGUAAGUUUAAGGCCUAUGUUGAUGAUAAGGAUCCUAACAAGGGGAAGAUUAUUCGGAACGUCUGGAAAAAGGGAGAUAUGUGCUUCAGGUCUGGAGAUAUUCUUGUAAUGGAUUACGAGGGUUGGCUCUAUUUCAAGGAUAGGAAGGGAGACACCUUCAGGUGGAGAGGAGAGAACGUCAGCACUACGGAGGUGGAAGGAGUCAUAGCUAAACUUCUGGAUAAUGUAUCCAAUGUAGUUUACGGAGUAGAGGUUCCUGGUUCGGAAGGUAAGGCUGGUAUGGCUGCAAUACAAACUGGAAACUCUAUAGACCUAGAUAAACUGUGUGAAGGAUUAAAGAAGGAACUGCCCAGCUAUGCCAGACCAAUUUUUAUCAGGCUUGUGAAACACCUUGAUAUUACAGGAACUUAUAAACUUCAGAAAACAGAACUUCAAAAAGAGGGAUUUGAUGUUGAGAGAAUUCAGGACGAGAUAUAUUUCAUGGGACCUAAGGAUGUAGGAUAUAGAAGAUUGGAUUCAGAAACUUACAAGAAUCUUAUCUCGAACCUUCAACUUGCAAAACUCUAGACAUUUAUAAAGUAUGAUCAUGCAUGUGAGUAACUUGCAUGCUAAAAUAUCCUUAAAAAUAAAAAUUGAAAUUGCAAA